AGAAUCUGGAACCGUUGGAUGAAGGUGUGGUGUAGGAUCCUCGGUUGAGUACACGUGCUGUCCCUCUCUCUUUUUUAUUUUUUAUUUUUUAUAUUUUAUAUUUUAUAUUUUAUAUUUUUAAUUUUUAAUCUUUGCUUCCAUGCAUGGAUUUCUCCUCCUAAGUUUAGAGAUAGAGAGAGAAUUGGAGAAACAAACGCUCACUCACUCACUCACUCUUGUUUGUUCUUUUCUCCCUUGGCUUCCUCAUCCAUCAUCGCUAUCAUUAGCAACCAACAAAGCCAGACAUGGGGUUCUCGUUCUCCUUCUCUCAACCGCUUCCAAGAUGUGAUGCUGAUCUGGGUCUUGCUUUUUUUCCCUUGUGAUAUAUCAUAUAUCAUAUAUCAUAUAUCAUAUAGCCUCUUGUUGCUGAUCAAGAAGUGUGGUUAGUUUGCUGAUCCGGUUUUGUGUGUGUUCUACGGUUUCUUGAAUCCGAUGGAAGAAGAUCAAGAAGUGAAGCACGUGUGCAAGUUCUGCAGCAAGAGCUUCCCUUGUGGAAGAUCCUUGGGGGGGCACAUGAGGUCGCAUGUCACCAAUGUUUCAACCGAGGCAGAGAAAGCUUCUUCUUUCAACAAUGGUGGAGGAGACAUGGGGACAGGCUCUGAAGGGGGUGGUAACAAUGGAGGAGGAGGAGGAGGAGGGUAUGGUUUGAGAGAGAAUCCGAAGAAGACUUGGAGGUUCACAGAUUCGAGUGAGGACACUUUGGUGGUGUUGGACAAGCUGUGCAAGGAGUGUGGCAAAGGGUUUCACUCUUGGAAAGCUCUGUUUGGUCACAUGAAGUGCCACUCAGAGAGAGUGUCACAUAACAAUAGCAGCUUGUUGGAGGAUCAAGAUUCGUGGAACGAUAAUCAUAACACCAAUGCUGAACAUGAACACAAGGUGGUGUUGGACAGCCACUCUGACAAUGAAGCCACUGCUCCAAACCGAAGGAGAAGAUCCAAGAGGAGAAGGACAAGGUACUUGGCUCCAUCAACUUCUUCUGUGUCCCUCGUUUCUGAUGCUGAGCAGGAGCAGGAAGAGGUUGCCAUGAGUUUGAUGAUGCUUAGUAGGGAUGUGACUCCUUGGUGUGGUCUCAAUUCUGGUAACUCAUUGCAUUUUGAAUCUCUUUCUAAGACUGAGGGCAAGAGGGUUGUCUCAUAUGUGUCUGAGAUGCCAAAAAAAGUUACUAAAACAAGGGAGUUUGGGAAUUUUGAUGGUUCAAAUCUCAACUCCAAAGGGAAAACAAGUUCAGAGCUUUUGGGUACUACUGAGAGUCUUGGAAGUGGAUUUGGGGUCAACAAGAAUUUUCAUGGGAAGGAUAAGAAGGCUGAGCUUGAUUCUAGUUCUGCAUUUGAGGACAAUGGAACAGAAGAUAAUGGUAAUAGUAAGUACACUUCAAUCAAGGCAAAGUUUUUGGAUUCUGAAUUGAAGUCAACUUCUCUGAGGAGUUGGGUGAACAAGCCUUCAGAAGGUGAGCUGAGCAAAAGCAACAACAAGAGAGGAAAGUUUGAGUGUACUACUUGCAAGAAAAUCUUCCACUCAUACCAAGCACUUGGAGGCCACAGGGCUAGUCACAAGAAGAUCAAGGGUUGCUUUGCUUCAAGAAAUGAGAGCAGUGAGAACAGCACUGAGUUGGAAGAACACCUCUCCCCUGACCCAACAACAACAGAAAGUAAGCUCCUAAAGAAUGAAUAUGUGGAAAAACAUGAAAUGGUUACUAAUACUAUUGCUAAUGGUUUUGAUAAUGAGGCAGACACAGUGAGAGAGUCCAAGAAGGUUAAAGGGCAUGAGUGUCCAAUUUGCCUCAAGGUUUUCCCUUCUGGCCAAGCCUUGGGUGGUCACAAGAGAUCUCAUCAUUUGGCUGGUGGGUCUGAGAGUGCUAGAAACUUUCAAAGUCAAACAGUUACACUUGAGGAAGCAGCACCAGAAAUUAGGGACUUUUUUGAUCUUAAUCUUCCUGCUUCUACAGAGGAAGAAGGUACUAGCCAUGGCCAUGGCCAUGCUGAGUCUUACAGACCUUGGUGGUUAGUAGGAAGCAGCCACAAGCAGGAGGCACUGGUAGGCCUUAUUUCUAACUAAACCAACCAAACAAAACCUAUGAUAGUUCAUUCCAGCAGAGGUUCAAUUCAACUUCAGAGUGAAGAUUCCAAACUGUAUAGAAGAGUUUAUGCAUUUAUUCCAUUAUUUUUUUUACAUGAUUCAUGUCUUCUUUGGGGGUAUUUCUGUUAUUCUUCAAGUAGUUCAUAAGGAACUUUCCACCUGUUUCUCUUUUUUAUUUUCUAUAUUUUUUUUUGGGGGGGUGGUAUUUGUUUGUGUUACUUUGUUCAUACUUCAAGGAAUAAGUUCCUUGCUGCAAAUUUUAAGCUCAUGAUUUUUUUGGUCCUCCUUGAAA